UCUGAAAUAACCAGCAUUCGAUACAUCAAUACAAAACUGGCUAUACGGAAUGUCUUCUUUCAUGGAGGCCAAAUGAUCAUCAUUAUCAGCUACAACAAGGCCAGGGCGUCCAAUAAUUAUGCCUUCUACAUUGUUCGUUACCUUCCGCCGAGUCUUAGCCUGAGCUUCUUGAAAUAUCUCGCGAUUAUUCGACCA